CACCCCUGGUUAUAUAUACAGACAGUCUAUGAUCUGAACCCCGCGCACAGAGCUCACGCCUCAGUUGGAAACAUCAGGAUGUCUGCAGAGCGAGUGGAGAAGAAGAAGACGCUCGACCUGAGGAAGAAGCAUAUCGGGCCGUCCUGUAAGAUUUUCUUCAGCCAUGACCCCAUCAAAAUCAUUCGAGCCAAAGGCCAGUACAUGUAUGAUGAAAAAGGACAGCAGUACUUGGACUGCAUCAACAACGUGGCUCAUGUGGGCCACUGCCACCCGGAUGUGGUGAAGGCAGGAGCUCAGCAGAUGGAAAUACUCAACACCAACUCACGAUUCUUGCACGACAACCUGGUCCUGUACGCCCAGAGGCUGCAGGACACGCUGCCCGACAAACUGUCUGUGUGCUACUUCGUCAACUCUGGCUCGGAAGCCAACGACCUGGCCCUGCGACUCGCAUGGCAGUACACGGGCCACAAAGAUAUCAUCACGCUGGAUAACGCGUAUCACGGCCACGUCUCGUCGCUCAUCGACAUCAGUCCGUACAAGUUCCGCCACGCGUCAGACGCUGAGCUCAAUCAAUCUGUCCAUGUGGCUCCCAGCCCAGAUGUGUACAGAGGCAAAUACAGAGCGGACCACCAUGACCCUGCCACUGCAUACGCAGACGAAGUCAAAGAUAUUAUUCACGGCGUGCAUGGGAAAGGAGGCAAGAUUGCCGCUUUUAUUGCUGAGUCACUGCAGAGUUGUGGCGGGCAGGUCAUUCCCCCCCCGGGCUACUUCCAGCAAGUGGCAGAACAUGUGCGAAAGGCCGGGGGCAUUUUCAUCGCCGAUGAAGUGCAGGUGGGAUUCGGGCGUGUCGGCAGCCACUUCUGGGCCUUCCAGCUGCAGGGAGAGGACUUUGUGCCAGACAUUGUCACCAUGGGGAAGCCGAUCGGGAACGGACACCCCAUGUCCUGCGUGGUCACAACCAGAGAGGUGGCCGAGGCCUUCAUGUCCUCCGGGAUGGAGUACUUCAAUACAUUUGGCGGUAACCCAGUGUCGUGUGCCAUCGGCAUGGCGGUCCUGGACGUGAUAGAGAAAGAGGAUCUGCAGGGGAACGCCCUGCGAGUGGGCCGACACCUGACCCGUCUGCUGGAGAAGCAGAAGGAGAAACAUCCACUGGUGGGAGACAUCAGGGGGCGUGGCCUCUUCUCGGGGGUGGAGCUUGUGAAGGACCGGUUGAAGCUUACGCCGGCUACAGCCGAGGCCCAGGAGGUCAUUUACAGGCUGAAGGAACAGUACAUCCUGCUCAGUGCCGACGGACCUCAUCGCAACGUGCUCAAAUUCAAGCCCCCCAUGUGCUUCAGUACGGAGGACGCUGACAUGGUGGUGGAGAAAAUCGACCAAAUCCUCACCGAGCUGGAAGAAGCACUGGGCAUGAAGUUGCACAACACAUCCAACGUGGAGAAUGAAAGCAUUAAAAGAAAGCUGCCGACCGAUGAACAUGGACACCAGUGUCACAGUGGGUUAGCUCACAGCAGAGUGAGCACUCAAGGAGUUCCUCAACGCACCAAACGCCUCAGGACAUAAAGCUGCCUCACUCAGGGCUUUACCUUUUAUACAGUUAAAGCUGACAAUAUAAAAAUGGGAGACAACCAAGUGCCUCAUAUAUAACCUAAUGACGAAUGUUUUUACAUGAAUACUAAUAAUAAUAAUAAGCUGUAUAUUUAUUCGUAUAGUAUCUUCUCAGGGUUUUUAUUUUAAUUCCGCCUAGGAAUCUAGUCAGAUUUUCAGCAUUAAACAUGUCUACUAUUGUGGCUUUACCAAAAAUAUUUUAACAUGCUUUUUAAAUGUUACUCUUUGUUUUAACUUCAGCUAAAAUUAACUUGACCGUGAUUUUCAAAUAAUUAUUAUGUCAGUAAACAAAGUUAUUAUGUCAAGACCUUAUUUAAUUCUUUUUUUUUUUACAAAUUAUGAAAAUGACUCACUGUAUUUGGCAGUGUGCACUAUCUGUAUGGACACAUUUUGUGUUGCUCGAUCUUUGUUGAAUAAAGUCAUGUGUGUAUGUGAUA